UACUUAGCACACUCUUGGCAUUCUCUUGAUGAGCUUCAAGAGGUAGUCACCUGGAAUGGUCUUCCAACAGUCUUGAAGGAGUUCCCCGAGAGAUGCUUAGCACUUGUUGGCCCUUUUGCCUUCUCUCUGCGGUCGAGCUCACCCCAAACCAUCUCGAUUGGGUUCAGGUCCGAUGACUGUGGAGGCCAGGUCAUCAUCACCCCAUCACUCUCCUUCUUGGUCAAAUAGCCCUUACACAGCCUGGAGGUAAGUGCCACAUCGCAAAACCAACUAACGUUACACUGUAUCACUCCGCCAAUAUUGUUUCUGAAAUCUGAAUUUAACCUCAGGUCUUCAGCCAUAUGAGUGUGUAUGUCAAUAAUGAUCAUUUUAGUGGAUAUAAGCAUGUAAAUAUCUUGCUAUACUCAUGUUACUAUAGGCUUAAAAUACAACAUUAUACAGCAUGUAACUGCUUAAAUCUGUUUCUAUAAGCAUGCUAUACGGUGUUUAUUCAGCAGAUGGAGCAGCUGAUGUCAGGUCAAGCUUGCAGUAUCUCAUGACACUGUUUUCACGAAAGCUCUUCAAUGACAGUCUUCCACCAUUGGUCUCAAAACAUCAGCUGUACAGUUUACACAAUGACAAAACCUUAGUGAACAAGCAGGUGGUAAGAUCAGAUUGCAUUGCCUGUAUGUAUGUUUGUGUGUAGAUUACUUUAUAAUAACCUUAACGCAUUCAGAAGCUCUGGUCUUCUCUUUUCCUCAUCAGAAUGAGAAUGAGCAGGCGAGCUGUUGAUGUUCCAGCUGGGGUUUGACUCUGAGGCCUUCACUUUGGAGUUUGCUGAAGAUUACAGAACAAAAGUCCUGCAGGGGGAAGCUGGCAGGGAAACAUUGGGAACUGUAGAGAGAUUUCUGGCCAAACGAAUACCCGGCUGCUCCGAUUUGAGUUUCAACAAGGAAAAAAUUAACGAGUUCCUCUUCACAGACCGAGAGAUAGCGCAGCUGGUGAAAUCAGGCGUCCUCACUGCGAAGGAUGCGGGCAGCUGGUGGCUUUCAAUCCCCAACUCUGGCAAAUUCAUUAGAUACUUCAUUAAGGGACGCAAAGCUGUUCUCGGCAUGGUUAAGAAAUCCAGAUACAGUGAAAUCCUCAGGACUGAAUUGGAGGGACGCCGCACAACUUCACAGGUCCAAUUCCAGAUGAAGUAUCACGUUCAUGAUAUAAUGGGAGCGGAGUUAGUAGAGUGCAUGCAGACAACAUCAGGGACAUUAUAACAAUACGUGGACGGAAACUAAGAGCUCAACUCUCUUGACUUGAAGUGAACUUUGUAAUGUAUUCAUUGCCAUAUUAUUUUGGUUACAAACAGCAGAAUCAACUGUGCACAGAAUAUAUAAUAAAAUUUUGCCAAACGUCUCAGUGUCAAAUGGAUGUUUUCUCACCAUCUUUGUUGGCACCACUCAGGAUCGCCACUAGUUA